AUGCCACCCAGCCUGCCUGAACUAGGAAGAUCUCUAAGCAGUGGAGAAGCCAAAACAGUUCAACAGAGCCGGCCAAUCAGCUCCCAAACUUCUCGGCGUUUUUGUAAAUGCUUCAACCCUUAUGCUGACUCAAACGGUCACUUUUACUCAGUCAAUCAACUCUUCACGCAAGGCGUUUGGAUUGGCUAUCUAGCGCCAGACCGACAUAGGGAGUCGUUUCGGGGUCUUCCUUCAUUCAAUAUAUUGAAAUCUAAUUGUUCCAAGCUCGUUACGCCAUAUCCCACAGCAACACAGGGCUUGGCAGGGCAACCUCGCCAUGCUAAACUGGUAAUCAUGCCGCUUGAUGGUGACGAUGAAGUUGGGGUUUUCGCCAUCAUGUUGCCACAGAAGCAUGACAGAAGUCUACACGGUCUUCAAUCCUACCGGCCUUAUAAGAUCGCUGAAAGUGAAAAUGGACAAGAUUUGUUCAACGACUACGAAGUUCUCACUCUCCGUAAUCUUGACAGCAGUGCUGAUGUACUAGCUACAGCUCUCGACGUACUCCCACCGCUAGAGCUUACUAGAACUGCCGUGGAGGUGAAGAAGCGGUCAGUGUCGGAUUCAAAUUACAUCUAUGAUACUUCGACUCUUUUUGAAUCGAGUACGACAGACAAUUCGAUACCAACAACACCAACGCUAGAAGAGGGAGAAAUCAGAGAAGACGAUAUGCAAGAAGAUGGGUCGAUUAAAACAAAGCGACAGAGAAGUAGCACAACGAUCUCGUGCAAGCCCCAUACCGUAGAGGAGAAAAGGCUCAGUGGCUACAAUAGCCCUGCAUAUCCAGGUGCCGGGGGUUUCAUGGAAAUGUCCCUUGAUUGUAAUGCCCAGAGCCCAGUAACAUCCACCUCAAACCUUCAACCGCGAGUCACCAAAAGCCAUGUAUCCCCCGAGACAGUACAUCCUGAGCUCACUAAGGAACAAGCUGGCCGCAUAUACAUAAUCUGGUUCGUAAAAGACCGAGAUCUAGAAUAUGAGUUCGUCCACACGAUUGGUGAAUGCAAGACCUUUGCAGGCCUACUCCGACUGCUGGAAGAAGACACAGAGGCCAUCCCGUCCAUUGCUGAGAUUCUAAAAAGAACAACGACUUGGCGCUUAUGCUGCAAUACUGGCGGUCAUGGUGGUAUGAACAAGGCGCUGAUCGCUCGUAAAGGAAAGGAGGCUGCAUUUGACCGACUACAGACUAUACUCGCAGAAGCCCCUCUCUGGAGCACGAAUUUGCAUGGCCGAGUUCAUGUCGAACUCAGAUCUUUGAGCUGA